AUGAAAGACAAGGGAGCUACACCUCAAAAUGCCAUGAAAGACAAGGGAGCUACACCUCAAAACGCCAUGAAAGACAAGGGAGCUACACCUCAAAAUGCCAUGAAAGACAAGGAAGCUACACCUCAAAAUACCAUGAAAGACAAGGGAGCUACACCUCAAAACACCAGCCGCCAGACCACACAAACUCAGAUGCUGUACAGAGCAUCGCCAUACCCUCCAAAUAUUCCAGUGGCUCUGGGAAUAAAAAUCGAACCUCACCACAUUUUCGGUUUGUGCCGGGAAGCAAGAAACAACUUGCAUUUUUUGGAUGAGGAAACCAUUGUUUUCCCUAGUGGAAACAACUGCGUGCUCUAUAAUGUCCAUCAGCAACAGACCAAUUUUAUUCCAGGAGCAAUGCCAUACCAAAUGGAAAAACAGGCCAUAAAGGCUCUUGCUAUUAGCUCCGACCGUUGCUUCCUGGCUGUUUCAGAGCGUGGAGUGCAGAGCACAGUCUCUGUCUAUGACAUAAAAAGUGACCAGUGCUACAAGAUGCAGGUACUGAGAGGAGGCGACUUCAACGUCAAGGAGUUCGUUUGUAUGGCUUUUUCUGCCGACUCCAAGUACCUGCUGUGCCAGGGUGGAGGACCGGAUUGGAUCCUCUUCUAUUGGGACUGGGAGACAGAUGAAGUCAUUGCCACUGUGGACACCACAAGGCUUGGUUUUGUCAGUCAGGUCAGCUUUAAUCCAGUGGACAACACACAGAUUUGUGUGAGCGGAAAAUACGUAUUCACGAUUUAUCAGCUGGAGAAGGACCGCCUGAAAAAGAUCAGCACAUUUAAGAUGGACCGUGAAAACAACAAGUCCCAUGCGUGGCUGUCUGAGGAUAGCAUAGUCUUUGGGACGGAAACGGGAAAGCUGAAGCUGUUGAAGGAUGGAGAGUUUUCGAAGAACGACCCUUCAUCUACAGCUGUAUUGCCGUGUAUUUCUGCUGUUAUGGCAUACUCUAAAGGCUUUGCCUAUGCAAGCCACCUGGGGGAAGUCUGCCUUUAUGAAAAGAUUGAGUAUGGUUACAUGAAGGUCGCAGAAAUAAGAAUUCCUCAGGACCCGUGCAGCAAUGAGCCGAGUCUGUCGGCACAGCAGGAGAUCAAAUCAAUGUGUCUGAGCCCCUCAGAGGAGACGCUGGCCAUAAGCACACAGCAUGGCCAGAUCUACCACGUCAACCUCGCCUCUGUUGAGAUUAGCCAGAAUAAGCAGGCCAACUUCGAGUACCUGUUCCACUCACUUCACUCGGGGAGCAUCACCGGUCUGUCAGUCUCAUCCUCCAAACAUCUCUUCGCCACCUGCUCAAAGGAUAACUCUGUACGCAUCUGGAACUACAAGACCAAUUCUCUGGAGCUGCAUAAGGAGUUCCCCGAAGAGCCAAACUGCAUCUCACUGCACCCAAAUGGCCUCUCCAUCCUGGUAGGCUUCUCUGAUAAAGUCUGCCUUAUGAACCUGUUGGUUGACGAAUUCUGCACUGUUCAGGAGUUCGACAUACAGGACUGCAGUGAGUGUGUGUUCAACCAUGAUGGCACCAUGUUCGCCGCAGUCAGAGACAACCUGAUUAGUAUCAUCAGCAUCAGAACAGGAGACAAAGUGGACCUUAAUGGCCACGUUAACAUGGUGCAGUUUGUGAAGUGGAGUGAAGAUGACCGUCAUCUGGUGUCAUUUGGGACAGAUGGUGCAGUCUAUGAGUGGAGCGUUCUAGGCGGCGAGUGCACACUAAAUGAGUCUCGAGACGGAGAGAUCUUAAGAGACCUGGCCUCAUUUGACAAAGCCUACACAGCCAUCUCCAUGACUCAUUCAGUGCAGGCAGUCUUUGUUGGAACUGCUAUUGGUACUGUCAGAGUAAUGCAGUACCCCUUAGAGGAGAGCUGCUGGACAGAGUAUCCGGCGCAUUCUGGUCCCAUCACCAAAAUGAUUGUCACACCUGAUGAUCAGUAUCUGGUGACUGCCUCAGAGGAUGGCUCUCUCCUCAUCUGGACAAUCACUGACCUGGAGGGACAUCAGCUGAGCACGGUGAAAGAAACAUGUUGUACUGAGGAGGUCCUCUGUUCCAGGGCUUUUCUAGAGAAAAAGGACCAGACUAUACCUGAGGCUCAUGGCUUGAUAAAGUUGAAUAAGAAGCUGGAAUGCAAGCUUAAUCAGAGUCAAACUGACUAUGAGAAAAAGCAUGAAGAAAGCCAGAAGGAACUCCUCAAGAAUAUAGAGGGUCUGGAAUCCCAAAUUGAGAAGCUGAACAUUGAGAAGGAAGAACGGAAGAUUUCUCAGGAGAAGGCCCUGACUGAGAUGAGGGAGAAACAUGCUAAAGAGCUAGAAGAUAUGGAAAAUAAGCAUGCAGAGGAGACAUUUCAAGCCUUAAAGGUCCAGGAGGAUUUAAAACAGAAAUUAGACGAGCUGCACAAGGAUUAUGGGAAGAAUUUGCGUAAGGAAGAGGACAGUAGUUUCUGUAUCAUGGACAAGAAACAGAACAUGAUACAGAACGAGGUACCUCUGAUCACCAUCAACAACCGGCUGGAUGAACUGAUCGAAGACCGUAAUAGGCCGACUGGAGAAACGGCUGAAACCGAAAUCGAGCAACUGAAGAACAGGAUUAAAGAAAAAAACCUGUUCUUCAAACAGCUCAAGGCUGAGAUGGAGGAGAACAACAGCAGGAACAAGGAGGUCAUUCACCAACUGAAGGAGAAGCUGAAAGUGAAGGGAAAUGAGCUGUGUACAGAGAGGCAGAGGGUCAGAAUCUUAAAGGUUCUGGUGGACAGGAUGAAGGCCGACAUCCAGACAUGCUCAGACUUCAUUCAACGGCCGAAGAUGCUGAAGGAGAACUUCAUUAAACUCUACAAACGCUACAUCAAGGGAGCAGAUGUGACCAUCGGAGAGAAGACGGCCGUACAAGAGCAGAGCACCAGACAGAGGGAGGAGCAGCAGAGUUCGGUGGUCCCGCCGAUGAAACGCCAGGCUUUUCAGCCCAGACCUCCACAAACACCUCGCCCCAUAAUGCAGAAGAGGAGAGCCGUGCCAACAAACGACCUCUACCAGGAGAUGAACGAGAUCUACCGAGACUGGACACGGUACAGCCGGACUGUGAAGACCAAUGCACAUGUCCGCAUCACAAAGGAAUCACAGCAGAAAUCUGGAGGAGUAAAACUUCCACCCAUAAAACCUAAGAUCACAAGAGGAUCGCAACAGAGGUGCAGCAGUGCGAUAGCUGCACAAGGUGAGCAUCGGAGAGAAGACGGACAUGCAAGAGGUGCAAAGGCCGGUGGUCCCUCCGAUGAAAAGCCAGGUUUUUCAGCCAAGACCUCCACAAACACUUUGCCCCAAAAUGCAGAAAGUAUGGAUUCACAGCAGAAACAUGGAGGAGUAAAACUUCCACCCAUAAAAACUAACAUCACCAGAGGAUCACAACAGAGGUGCAGCAGUGCCAUAGCUGCACGAGGUGAGCAUCGGAGAGAAGACGGACGUGCAAGAGGUGCAGAAAAUAUGGAUUCACAGCAGAAAUCUGGAGGAGUAAAACUUCCACCCAUAAAACCUAAGAUCACAAGAGGAUCGCAACAGAGGUGCAGCAGUGCGAUAGCUGCACGAGGUGAGCAUCGGAGAGAAGACGGACAUGCAAGAGGUGCAAAGGCCGGUGGUCCCUCCGAUGAAAAGCCAGGUUUUUCAGCCAAGACCUCCACAAACACUUUGCCCCAAAAUGCAGAAAGUAUGGAUUCACAGCAGAAACAUGGAGGAGUAAAACUUCCACCCAUAAAAACUAACAUCACCAGAGGAUCACAACAGAGGUGCAGCAGUGCCAUAGCUGCACGAGGUGAGCAUCGGAGAGAAGACGGACGUGCAAGAGGUGCAGAAAAUAUGGAUUCACAGCAGAAAUCUGGAGGAGUAAAACUUCCACCCAUAAAAACUAACAUCACCAGAGGAUCACAACAGAUGUGCAGCAGUGCGAUAGCUGCACGAGGUGAGCAUCGGAGAGAAGACGGACGUGCAAGAGGUGCAAAGGCCGGUGGUCCCUCCGAUGAAAAGCCAGGUUUUUCAGCCAAGACCUCCACAAACACUUUGCCCCAAAAUGCAGAAAGUAUGGAUUCACAGCAGAAACAUGGAGGAGUAAAACCUCCACCCAUAAAAACUAACAUCACCAGAGGAUUACAACAGAUGUGCAGAAGUGUGAUGGCUGCACUAGGUGAGCAUCGGAGAGAAGACGGACAUGCAAGAGGUGCAGAGGCGGUGGUCCCUCCGAUGAAAAGCCAGGUUUUUCAGCCCAGACCUUCACAAACACCUUGCCCCAAAAUGCAGAAAGUAAGGACCGGGAGGAGUAAAACUAAACUAACAUCACCAGAGGCUCUCAAAGGCAGUGGUGAACACUCGGACAGGACGCAUACCUACAGAGACAAUUAA